GGAGAACUGGUAAGGAAGCUGAAGGAAGAGAAAGCUCCCCAGGUGGAUAUAGACAAAGCUGUAGCUGAGCUCAAAGCUCGGAAGAGAAUCCUAGAAGCAAAGGAGCUAGCCUUACAGCCCAAAGAUGACAUUGUGGACAGAGUUAAAAUGGAAGACACCCUGAAAAGAAGGUUUUUCUACGAUCAAGCCUUUUCUAUUUAUGGAGGUGUCAGUGGUCUGUAUGACUUUGGGCCUGUUGGGUGUGCUUUGAAGAACAACAUCAUCCAGGCAUGGAGACAGCACUUUAUUCAAGAAGAGCAAAUCCUGGAGAUUGACUGUACUAUGCUCACGCCAGAGCCCGUUCUGAAGACUUCUGGCCAUGUAGACAAGUUUGCUGACUUCAUGGUGAAAGAUGUCAAAAAUGGGGAAUGUUUUCGUGCUGAUCAUCUCUUAAAAGCUCACCUGCAAAAGCUUAUGUCUGACAAGAAGUGCACAGCAGAGAAAAAGGCAGAAAUGGAAAAUGUUCUAACACAGUUGGACAAUUACGGCCAGCAAGAACUUGCUGAUCUCUUUGUGAACUACAACGUGAAAUCGCCUAUCACUGGGAAUGACCUGUCCCCUCCUGUUUCUUUCAAUCUGAUGUUCAAGACCUCCAUUGGGCCUGGAGGAAACAUGCCUGGCUAUCUGAGGCCAGAAACUGCACAGGGAAUUUUCCUCAACUUCAAACGUCUUCUGGAGUUUAACCAAGGCAAACUGCCUUUUGCUGCUGCCCAGAUUGGAAAUUCCUUCAGAAAUGAAAUCUCACCCCGCUCCGGCCUUAUAAGAGUGAGGGAAUUCACCAUGGCAGAAAUUGAGCACUUUGUGGAUCCCAGUGAGAAAAAUCACCCCAAGUUUCAGAAUGUGGCAGAUCUCAACAUCCUCCUGUACUCUUCCAAAGCCCAGGUCAGCGGGCAGUCUGCCCAUUUAAUGCGGCUGGGAGAUGCUGUCCAACAGGGUGUGAUCAAUAACUCCGUUCUCGGUUACUUCAUUGGCAGAAUCUACCUCUUCCUUACAAAGGUCGGUGUAUCCCCAGAGAAGCUGCGAUUCCGACAGCAUAUGGAGAAUGAGAUGGCUCAUUAUGCCUGUGACUGCUGGGAUGCAGAGUCCAAAACAUCGUAUGGUUGGAUUGAGAUCGUUGGCUGUGCUGAUCGUUCCUGCUAUGACCUCUCCUGCCAUGCCCGCGCCACCAAAGUUCCUCUUAUAGCUGAGAAGCCUCUCAAAGAGCCUAGAACAGUCAACAUUGUUCAGUUUGAGGCAAAUAAGGGAGCCAUUGGCAAAGCUUAUAAGAAGGACGCAAAGGUGGUGAUGGAAUACCUUUCCUUGUGCGAUGAGUGUUACGUCACUGAGAUGGAGCAGCUGCUCAACGAGAAAGGGGAAUUCACUGUUGAAACUGAAGGGAAAACUUUUAAAUUAACAAAGGACAUGGUUACUGUGAAGAGAUUUCAGAAAACAUUACAUGUGGAAGAAAUUAUCCCAAAUGUAAUUGAACCCUCAUUUGGUAUUGGGAGGAUCAUGUACACAGUGUUUGAACACACAUUCCACAUCCGGGAAGGAGAUGAGCAGAGAACGUUCUUCAGCUUCCCGGCUGUUGUAGCACCGUUCAAGUGUUCUGUUCUUCCUCUAAGCCAGAAUCAGGAAUUUAUGCCUUUUGUCAAGGAAUUAUGUAAGUGUAUUAAGCACUGUGGGUCCGGUGGGGAUGUGCACUGGGAAGAGAGGUUUCUUCCUCGUUGCUACGGGGAGAAAAUGUUGGGAUCACGUGGCUCUUGUGCAGAAGAAGAGCCAUUGAA